CGGAUUUUGAAGGUACACUUCGUAAAUCGGGUAUUAUACAUAUUCAACAGAGCUCUGGCUGUUCCAACGGACACUCUAAUCCCUCUCAACACCCAACCAAGGUUUUCAUUCACACCCUCUGAUAUCUCACAAUGGCUCCAGGCUGCAUCGUGGUGUACCUCGAACCUAAAGACUCCACCGGCUUCGCUAGCUUACAAUCAUGGCUCGCAACCAUCCCUGAAACCAUCCCUGGAGUACAAGUCAUGACGAAGCUCGAAGCCACAGACACUGUAGACGCAUCCCGCCCAUACCGUCUCGAAUCCCUCAUCCAAGUCGAAAACAUCGACACCAUUCAAGACGCCACAAUCUCGCACCUCCGCACAUCAUCCAACUCCUUACUCUCCCGCUCAGACUGGCACCUCUUCCGCUCCAUAUCCUUCGACAAAAAGCCCGACUUCGACACCACCAGAACACCACCUCUCAACAUGCAACUCGUGCAAGUUGGUAUGGCGCCAAGAAACGAGCCCGAAAUCAUCGCAGACUAUCAUAACUGGUACAAAAUAGAGCACAUGCCGUUCCUCGCCCAAGUGCCCGGCUGGCAAGUUGGAAAUCGGUAUGAGCUUCUCCGUAGCAUUGGUGAUGGAGCCGAACCUGCGAAGCCAUUUUUAGCGGCGCAUUUGUAUGAUGAGGUGAAUGGGCUGGGGGGACCUGAGUGGAGGAAAUCGGUGGAUUCGGCUUAUACGAAGAAGAUUCAGAAGAAUACUAGCGAGCCUAAUCAUCGGCGGACGUGGAAGGUUGCUGGGUAA